AUGGCUUCCAGCUCCCACAAUUCAAAACCACAGGCUCAAGUUGCCACGCCCCCUGACAUCAGACAGCUCCAUCGCGGGCAAACUGGAACGAAACGGCCAGUCUCUCCCUAUCGCAGACACAUCGGACACGUGCGCAAUUUCCAAGCUGGGGACGCUGUAACCGAAAUCGACGACUGCUCACAAGAAUCAUGUCGAUUUCCCCGGACAGAGCUCGACGCUAGAUCUGUGGAAGCUACAACGUCGCCGAAUAGUCCACACGUGGCCCCUUCGAAUUUCAUCACCAAAGAAGAGCUGAAAUGGUUGUUUACGGAAGUGCUGCGAAUUCAAAGCGCACAACCUACCUCGGAUGGCAAGGAUUCUAGCAGCAACGAGAAGCCCAAAGAACAAGACAAUGGAGCGAGAAUUCGUGCCUCAAAGGUGGGGUAUAAGACCGUCAACGAGGUAUGGGAUUCCGCGAAGUAUGAAUAUAAGAUCAUCAACUCUGCCCCAGUUCCGGAUGUCGAUGAAUUAGACGAAUACAUAUUUGUGAUUCGUAAACGCAGUCACAAGCAGAGCAAAGAGCUCAUUGUUUACGUUGACAUCAAAUCACCGGAAUUAAGAGACAUCUUGAGAGAGGUUCUGAAAGAUAUCAGAACAGCGAACUUCGAUGCUGAUCGGCCUGCGAUUGAGCGUGAUCUUUUAUAUCACUACCUAGAUGAGUUAAGAGAUUACCAAAAGAGGCUUCGCUCCCAAGAAGCGAUCUCUGAUGAUGCUAAGCUUCACCUAAGCAAACUUAUGCAGCACCUUGAAGAAACCUAUGCACCAGUGGUAGAGCAAUUGAAGCUGCUCCAAGAAUCUCAAAAAAUCACCUGGGAUCUCAUCUGGGCUCUGCUUAAACCAGGGACGCUAGUCUUUGCGACUUGCCCCUCCACCGUCAACGGACGCUAUCUCGAUUAUGACGGAGAAGUUUUCGGUGAAUCUACCGAGACGCUACAGAUUGGAUCUUUUCGAAGCACCAAGCAGAUUCAGACCUUGCCUGUUUAUCCGCUGAAGUACCACACAGACCCAAAAAUCUGGUCACGACUGGUUUGCAAUGGCCGCCAUUUCGUUUCCCUGAUCGGCAGCCACCAUCGCGAGUACCGCGGAAAUAUGUUCAUCCCAGACAAGAACAGAUUAUUGAAACUCCACGUGAAUGGAAGGAUCAUGGUCGAUGCUGCCAUUUUCCGCAAGACGAAUCCAAACUAUCCGAGGUUAGAAAUCAAAAAACCUGAUACGGUCGAUUUUUUCUUCGAACAGGUGAAACAGGGUGGACCAGAAAGCCGCAUUCGAGGCAAGGAUAUCGACUUCAGUGCGAUGAAAGAAGAGGACCUCGCAAUUUGUAGCCCGACAGUGCUAGGGUUCUCCUUGAACGAAAAAAUCUGGGGCGAGUAUUACCAAGCCAAAAACAGAGAAUUCGGUGUGGAAAGUAUCAAGGAAAUCACUUUCUCGAACGCCCCUUUCGACAUGUUAACGGUUCCUGAAGACAAGAAAAAAGUGAUAAAGUCUCUUGCGGAGAGCCGUGUCAGCACUAGGUAUGAGGGCACGUUCGAUGAUAUUAUUGCAGGAAAAGGACGAGGGGUCAUCAUUCUCUUACAUGGCCCACCAGGUGUUGGGAAGACACUUACUGCCGAAGCCAUCUCUGAACGGCUUCAAAGGCCUCUAUAUUCAAUCUCGUCUGGAGACCUGAGUAUACGGGCGGAGGAGCUUGAGGCACAGCUCACCCGUGCCUUUCAAGUAGCUAGCGAUUGGAAAGCGGUCCUGCUCCUCGAUGAAGCGGAUGUAUAUCUGCAAAAACGAGACGGUUUCCAUUUAGAACGAAAUCGUCUGGUUGCGACAUUUCUCCGCACGCUUGAAUAUUAUGAUGGAAUCUUUUUCCUCACGACGAACAUGCUGGGGGAUUUCGAUUCCGCCAUUCUCGAUCGAAUUCAACUCAAACUACAGUAUGACGAUCUAGAUCGAUCGGCUAGAAAAUCGGUUUUCCAGCAUUUUCUGCGGGAACAUUCGGCAGAUAUCGAGGAAGAAGCCUUGACACAGGUCUCCGAGGUUAAGCUAAAUGGUCGCCAGAUCAAAAAUGUUGUGAAAAUUGCCCAUAAUGUUGCGAUGAGCGAAAACACAAGAGUUUGUACAAGUCAUCUGCGGCUAGCUCUCACACAAAGUGGAUACAGUAUUCCCACCCAAGGUGUCUUGGCGUUUGAUGAUAGCUUGUACCCGUCGCUUCACCUCCCCCCACCCUAUUCGGACUGGAAUAGGGUGGGGGGAGGUGAAGCAACGGGUAUCAGUGAACUUAAUUAUAGAGCUCGUAAAGAAGUUGAGGUGUGUAGUGUCACAUUCCUUGGCAAAGGCUCAAAAUCUGGAUGCCUGAACUUUAAGGCAGAACACUACUAG